AUGAACAAGACCUAUAUAGUUGAAAGAACUGUUGGUGAGUACCCUGGGGCCAAAUUAGAUUUUACAUCUACACUGACAGAACAUGUGCAGGAAUUAUUGCUGCAUAAGCCAGAGCUGAGCACCAGUACAAUACAAGUGAAAUUAAGUGGAGAUGGUGCUAGUAUGUCUCAGUUGAUGAAUUUUAUGAUUAUGUCAUUCAGUCUUUUACAGUGGGAUGAGAAAGUGAUGUCAUCAAAGAACAGAACUGUUGCUAUUGUUAAUGGUCCAGAAGAUUACCAAACAUUAAAAAGUAUCCCUGUCCAAUUUAUUUAA